AUGAAGCCCAUCAUCGCCGUGCCCGCCACGGCGGCGCUCGUCCUGCGCGCCUGGAAGAAGAAGUCGCUUACCCCGGCCGGCCUCGUCGCCGCGACGCUGACCGCCGUGGCGCACGCCUACCACCCCUGGAACCUGCCCUUCGUCCUGCUCUGCGUCUUCUUCCUCGCGGGGACGAGGGUCACGCAUAUCAAGGAGAAUGUCAAAGCUACGCUCACCAUGCAUUCGCGAGGCACGUCCGGAGGAGAGGGGCCCCGGACUCACGUCCAAGUGUUUGCCAACUCGCUCAUGGCUUCCAUCCUGACCGUGCUGCACGCCUACCAACUCCGAGCUCGAGCCGCCGCCUUCGUCGACACCAACACUCCGAAUCCCAAGGGGUCUAUGUGCUAUUCUUGGGGCGGCGACCUGCUCGUUGUCGGCAUCAUCGCCAACUACGCGGCCGUCGCGGCGGAUACGUUCAGCUCCGAGCUGGGGAUCCUGGCAAAGAGCGAGCCCAGGCUCAUCACGUCGUGGAACCUGCGCAAGGUUCCCCGCGGGACGAAUGGCGGAGUCACAGUCAUGGGGUUGGGGGCCGGCCUGUUCGGCUCCAUGGUCAUCGUGACGGCGGCUAUGCUGUUCCUCCCAUCUUGCACGCCGGAGACGGCGCCCGCUCUGGGAGGCGGCAUGCCGUGGUCGCUGGACCAGCGGAGAAUAUUCAUGGCGUUCCUCAUCGGCUGGGGAGCAUUGGGGAGCGUCUUGGACAGCUUCCUCGGGGGGCUGUUCCAGAGGUCUGUCAGGGACGUCCGAUCCGGAAAGAUUGUGGAGGGUGAAGGGGGCGAGCGCGUGCUGGUCUCGGCGUCUACGGACCCUGUCGCAGGCGGGUCUUCCAAGCGCGCCGAGGCCAAGGCUGCCGCCCUGGCAGGGGCCGACGGCGGCAAGGCCAACGACAAGCUCGGCGCCUCAGCCGUGGACGAGGACGACGAGGACGAGGACAGGUACAGCAUCAGCAACAAGCAUCGCAAGUCCAGCUUCGGCGACCAACGGCCGUCGCGGGUGGUCGAGAGUGGCUGGGACCUGUUGGACAACAACGACGUCAAUUUCCUCAUGGCGAGCAUGAUGAGCAUCGGGGCAAUGGCGGUCGCGAGCUGGUACUGGGGUGUGCCUAUAGACUCGGUGCUGAGGCCGUGA